AUGAUCUUUGACACAACUAAUUUUAUUCGGAUAGUCUACUUAUUGGCCUUGUUACAGGCACCAGGGGUGCGAGGAGAGAGGAGUAGUAAUACGGAGAAGGAUAAUAGGUUGUCAAAUAACCGUAAAGCAGCGGCUGUGUCGCCCAACAGUUGGGAAAAUUCGAACUGGAGUCAGAAUAACAAGGAAGCGGCAACAACAGGAGCAGCAAACGAAGGUGUAUCAACAGAUGAUGCCAACGCGGCCACUGCUGCGACCUCGUCGAACGGAGUCAACCCAUUUGCAUGGAUGAAUUCUGAGUCGGAAACUGCAAACGCGGCCACUAGCACUUCUUCUACCGGUACCUCUACAGGCGCUACUACCUCUACCGGUACUUCUACAGGCGCUACUACCUCUACCGGUACUUCUACAGGCGCUACUACCUCUACCGGAAGGCCCUCUGAUGCGGCCAUCACAUCGAUUGGAACAUCUACAGAUGCUACAUCUUCAUCUACAGACCCAGCAGAUAAUAAAGUCACAUCAAGUACUGAAGGUACGACUGAACAAGCUGCUAACAAAGCCACUUCAAGUACUGAAGGUACUACACAGCAAGAUGCGAACACUGCUACCUCAAGUGCUCAAGAAACAACUGAGCAACCGAAUAGCCAAUCUACACAACAAACCAGUUCCCCAUUAAAUGAAGGUAUCGAGCCAACCGGUAUUUCAUCCAAUCAUGCCACGGGAACGACAUCUGAGGUUAUGGCUUCGUCACCAACAUCAGAGUCUUCGGCACCAACUUCAUCGUCUGGAUUCAACUGGCUCGGUUUGUUUGGCCAAAAGUCUUCAUCCGAAGCAUCUUCCACUCAAUCCACAUCUGGAGUGAUGGAAACUUCCAAGAGUUCUACAGGCACUGAUACCUUAACGACUUCGUCAGACCCAAGCACAUCAAGUGAAACUCCCUCUGUCGUUGACCUUUUUAAUUCCGCUUCUUCAUCAACGGAGUCUUCAUCAGAAUCGGAUUCGACUACAUCGGCCGAUUACAGCUUCCAAUCUUCGACUGAUGCAACUGGUGCAUCAACUGCGGGUACUUCAUCCUUGUCUUCUGAAUCGUCUGUUAGUAAGUCUGCAGAAACAUAUUCAGAAACUUUAUUUGAAAGUGUUAGCGUUGCUGAUUUGAGCUCCGGCUCAACCUCUACAGGAACAAUGAGCUCCACUAAUGCAGAUGCCUCGACAUCUGCCACAUCAGUAAUGUUCAAUGGUUUGUUUGCAACUAGUGACUCUAGUUCGUCUGUAACGCCAUCAACAAGUAACCCUAAAGAAAGUUCAGUCGCCUCAUCUUUUGAUGCCAGUGUUUCAUCCGACACACCCUAUUAUGCGUCUGAAUCCCCAACUGUGUUUGCUAGUACAACAGAAAGUUCUUUGUCUUCUGCAACAUAUGAUGAGUCUGGAUCUUCAACUGAGUUUGCCAGUCCAACUGAAAGUGCUUUGUCUUCUGCUACAUAUGAUGAGUCUGAAUCUUCAACUGAGUUUGCUAGUCCAACACAAAGCUCUUUUGAAACAUCCUUAUCCUCAUCGAUGAAUGCAGAAGAACUCACGCUUGGAUCUUCAAGCAAGGUCGCUAGUGCGACUAAGAGUUCUUUUACAGCUUCAUAUGUAUUACCUUCGUCUGAUGUCUCGCAAAGUACAUUGACAUCAUCGGCAAACUUUGCAUCAUCUACCGAAAGUUCUUUCGAAACUCCAUUUUAUUCGACUUGGUCAAGUGAACCAGUAAGUUCUCUGGAUUCUUCUGUUGAAUAUGCUACUGCCAUGGAGAGCUCUUUAGAAACCCCUUUCUAUUCCACGUGGUCUAGCUCUCCAUCAAAAUCCUCGACGGAUUUUAUUGGUCCAUCACAAUCUUCAACUGGUUUCAGAACUUCAACAGAGCAAUCAUUUGAAACUCCAUUUUCCAGCAUUUCAGAAAGCUCAUUUGGUUCUCCAACUGCGCUUGUAAACCCAAGUGAGACGUCAGCAGAUUCGGUGUCACCUUCGAUUGUUUCUAGUACUGAAGAAACAUCAUCUUUAUACCCAGCCGUUUCAUCGGACCCGUCGACACUUAUUCCAGCUUCAAGUUCUCAUGCAGAAUUUACUAAUUCAGCAGCAAGUGAAAGCUUUAGUGCUGUGUCAUUCGAAUCGAGUACACCACCUUCUUCGAACGUCGUCCCACUGACUCAAUCGUUAGAAUCUGAUGUCGAACCAACUUCAACUUAUGUGUCAGUGGUUUCAUCCUCUUACGAUGCUUUGACUUCCGCUACAAGUGAAUCAGCAGUAGAAACAGAAGAACCAUUGUCAUCAUUUGUUGCCACAUCAUCUGUGAUCAGUGAAUCGCUGGUAUUACCUGAAUCCCAAACUCAAAUUUUGUCAAACUCGCUACCUAUCAAUACAAUGGAGUCUAGUGCUGAAUCCAAUCCAUCCUCCAUUACAGUCAGCCCACCAAUUGCAUCCUCGGCGGCAGUUCCAUCGUCUGAGGUGUUGCCUGCUUCCGAAACAGUCCCAACGAUGUCAACCGCAAACAAUUGGUUACCGUCUCAGAUUAUUGAACAAACUUCAAUUAAUGAACCAACUGCUUCCACUGAUGAUUCUGUCAGUCAAGCAUCUCCAACUACAGCUGAGCCUUCUGGUUUACCAAAGGCAAUUACAGGGCAACUGGCUACGGCACCAGGGGGGAAUUAUGAAGUUGUAUAUAUUGGAUUCAAGUCUUCAUUGAAUUAUCCAUUCGUUGUUGAAAAUUCAUUGUCAUCUGCACAAAUCUUCCAGUAUUUGCCAAACACUUUGAAUUUCCCAUUUGAUGAUGAAUCAGCGUUAGAUAAAGUUUCAGUCAAGAAAAUCAUUCCAUUUACAGCUAGCGGGAUAUCGUAUACAAUCUCGGUUGCCGAAGUAUACUUCCCAUCAGACUUAGUUAGUAAAUUGGACACCUACAUUCAGGCAUCUGAUUCUAAAUUAUACACCAAUCCAUCAUCGACAGAACAUCAAUUGGCCUCGCUUAUUGAUAAGAGGAUUCCUUUAACUGGAUUGGUAACUGAAAAUACCUCCAGCAGUACCAAGAGUGAAGGCUCAUCAAAUAAUGGAUCUAUGGACUCGCGUAAUUCAACUGUAACCAAUAAAGGUAAGAUCGCGGGUAUUGCUAUCGGUGCAGCGGCUGGUUGCGGUCUUUACAUGUCCUUAAUGGUUUUAUUAUUCAAGAAGUACAAAAAGAACAAUGGUGUUGAGUUGCCUUCUUCUGACUCAGAAAGUAAUAUUGGGUUAGCAACCAACAAUUCUACAAUCCAAAGUAAUGGCGCUGGUAUCUCAGGAUUAUUCAAUAGAUUAGGCGACAGUUCCUCUGGGGAAGGAGUGGGCAGUGUUCCCAUCUCCGAACCAGUAAAUGCUUCUAAUUCUUUGGGUUGGGCUCAUUGA